AUGCUGUGCGAGGCUUGGUUCCAGAUCUGGCUGUUUCUGCAACUCCUAUGGGCAGCUGCAGUGGAGGCUCCAGAGCCCGGGGCAGAGGUCCCAGUGGUGUGGGCCCAGGAGGGGGCUCCUGCCCAGCUCCCCUGCAGCCCCACAAUCCCCCUCCAGGAUCUCAGCCUUCCGCGGACAAGACAAGUCACUUGGCAGCAUGUACCAGAGAGUGGCUCCGCGGCGCCCACCCCCCGGGGUCCCGGGCCCCGCCGCUACACAGUGCUGAGGCUGGCCCCCGGAGGCCUGCGCAUUGGCAGGCCGCCCCUGCAGCCCCGCGUGAGGCUGGAAGAAAUGGGCCUCCAGCGCGGGGACUUCUCGCUGUGGCUGCGCCCGGCCCGACGCGCCGACGCCGGGGAGUACCACGCCGCUGUGCGCUUCGGGAACCGCGCCCUUGCCUGCAGCCUCCGUCUGCGCGUGGGCCAGGCGGCGGUGUCGGCCAGCCCCCCAGGGCCUCUGUGGACCUCCAGUUGGGUCCUCUUGAACUGCUCCUUCAGCCGCCCUGACCUCCCAGCCUCCGUGCAUUGGUUCCGGGGCCCAGGCAGAGUCCCUGUUCAGGAGUCCCCCCAUCACCACUUAGUUGGAAACUUCCUCUUCCUGCCCCACGUCAGCUCCUUGGACUCUGGGACCUGGGGCUGCAGUCUCACCUACAGAGAUGGCUUCAAUGUCUCCAUCACGUACAACCUGGCUGUUCUGGAUCUGGAGCCCCGAGUCCCUCUGACAGUGUACGCUGGAGCCGGUUCCAAGGUGGAGCUGCCCUGCCGCCUGCCUCUGGGUGUGGGGAUCCAGUCUUCUCUCACCGCCACGUGGACCCCGCCCGGAGGAGGCCCCGACCUCCUGGUGGCUGGAGACCAGGGCAACUUUACCCUUCGACUAGAGGCUGUGGGUCAGGCCCAGGCCGGGACCUACACCUGCCGCGUCCACCUGCAGGGACGGCAGCUCAGUGCCACUGUCACUUUGGCAGUCAUCACAGUCACUCCCAAGCCCUACGGAUCAUCUGGCAGCCUGAGAAAACCGUUCUGUGAGGUGACUCCCGCAUCCGGACAAGAGCACUUUGUGUGGAGCCCCGUGAACGAGCGGUCUCAGAGGAGUUCCCCAGGCCCCUGGCUGCUGACACCAGACACCAGACGCCUCUCUCAGCCCUGGCAGUGCCGUCUGUACCAGGGGCAGAGGCUUCUCGGGACCGCAGUGUACCUCACCGAGCUGUCUCAUCCAGGUGCCCAGCGCUCCGAGAGAGCCCUGGGGGCGGGGAGAACAGGUCACCUCCCUCUCCUCAUCCUUGGUCUCCUCUUCCUGCUUCUGUUGGUGACUGGAGCCUUUAGCUUUCACCUUUGGAGAAGACGGUGGCGACCCAGAAGAUUCUCUGCCUUAGAGCAUGGGACUCACCCCUCUCAGGCUUCGAGCAAGACAGGGGAGCUGGAGCCGGAGCUGGAGCCAGAACCAGACCUAGAGGUAGAACCAGAACCGGAACCCGAGCCGGAGUCUCAGCCACAGCUGCAGCCGGAGCAACCCUGA